AUAAACCGUUACAGUUCUAUUCAGAUCGACAGACAUGGCACCAAAAGUAGCUGGAAAGAAAGGGGAGAAGAAAGCCGGAAAGGCGAAGGCGAUUGCCGAUGGCGGAAAGAAGAAGAGGAGAGGAAAGAGAAGGGAAAGCUAUGCUAUUUACAUCUACAAAGUGUUGAAGCAGGUUCACCCUGAUACUGGUAUCUCCAGCAAAGCCAUGGGCAUCAUGAACUCGUUCGUGAACGACAUAUUCGAGCGUAUCGCCACCGAAGCUUCUCGCCUGGCACAAUACAACAAGAAAUCCACCAUCAGCUCUCGCGAGAUCCAGACCGCCAUCAGGCUGCUUCUGCCCGGUGAGCUGGCUAAACACGCUGUCAGUGAAGGAACUAAGGCUGUGACUAAAUACACAAGCAGCAAGUAAACUCACUUUGUGGGUUUCACGUCCAAUUCAACGGCUCCUUUAGGAGCCACCAAAUGUUACUAAAGUCUGAUCAACUGAAGGGCCGAACGUGAAAAAGCAAAAGCUACCCAAAAAAUUAGUAUGAGAUAUUCAAGGACAAAUAGAUGUUCAAUAUUAUGUAGUUUUAUUGAAUAAAACCGGUAGAAUUACCUCCCAUA